CACAUAACUUUGUCUACUUUGAUGUUACUUAUUUUCUAUCCACUUCUUUGUAAACUAUUGUGAAGUGCGGCAACUUGAACCGAUGGACUUGUGUGCGUGGUUUUACGUUGUUUUUACUUUUUAGUCUCUCCUACUUCGAUUUAUUAUAAAUAUAUUUGUAAUCAAUGCUUACGUAAUGUCCACAUUUUGCAUACACAAAUGUUUCAUGGAUAUGAUUAUCCCCACUUCUAGCAUCAUUGUGAAGAUCAGCAUAGGACUAGGCAUUAUUGCGUAACGGUCCCAGUUGCCACAUCUUAUCAACACAUCAAGUAACAAGGCAAUAAAAUGGAGGAUGAAGGAAAGAAAAAUCAGUUAAAAGAAGUAGGAUGUAGUAAAAAAAAGAGGUAGGAAGAAUCCGAUGAUGAGACUAAGUAUAGCCGUUAAGAUGAGGACAAUGUGUGUAUAAAUCUGCGCCACUGAGGUGAGUUCCGAGCCUUACCACCUAGUCUCCAACCACUGGUUUCUCUUGUCCCGCGGACCCCAACCAGCUAGUCUAUAACGCCCUGCAUGGCUCAAAAGAACAGUCAAGGACUUCAUGCAUUGAUGCCAUGUUUUAUUCUGACCAUCCCGAGCCUUUUUUCAGCCUGAACCAUAUUCAGCCAAUAUUUUGCGACGAGGCAGAUGGUGGCUAGGCAUGCGUAACACAUGUCCCAGUCAUCUCAGUCGAUGAAGGUUCACAACCGCAUGGACUGUCUUACCUCUCCUGCCAAAAACCCUGCUUCUGACUUCUGCGUUACUCAAGUGGUAACACUACGAAACACUGCCUAUGCUACGAAGGCAACGGUGGUCAAACACCUAAAGCCUUCUCAUGUCUUCUACCUUUAAUGGCUAUGUUUCACAGCCAUACAGUUGAACAGAGCUGGCUGUAGCACAGUACACUCGACCCUUAAAACACAAUCGGAUAUCAUCACGGUGCCAUAAGUGGCGUAAGUUGGCCAAAGCCAAGCGAGCCUUUUAUAUUCGUGCAGAGAUUUCGUCGGCGACUGAGCCACCAGGAUUGAUCCGAAUUCCCAGGUAAAUGAAGUGUUCAACGCACUCAACCACGUCACUCUCUAUUGUUAGCCGCAGUGGAGCACCGUUGAAGACCAAUCCUGGAGCAACAAUUUGCAUUUGGGUGGUGAGAAACGCAUCCCAAACAUUCUCAAAUUACCACCCAAUAUGUCCAGAAGACUUCUAGCAUUGCACGUAGAGGUAGGUGGUAACUCCAUCUACUAUUUCUGAUACUCCUAACUAACUUAUUUGGUUAAUUUUACUCUUAUUUUUGGAUAGGAAUAAUUUUAAGUGUUAUUCGAUUUUAGUAAUUCCAUGCAUAUGCUUCAGAGAACGGUGAAAGUUCUUCCUGCUGGUGGUCAACAGGUGAUCAAUUCAAGCGGUGCUACUGUCACAUCAAGUUUCCCGCGUGUCCUUACUAUUCGUCCUCAAUUAUCAUCUGGUUCCACAGUUUUGACGGGUGCUACCACUAUGACAUCUGUGAGACCGGGUACUUUUAUCUUAUCCGGUACUCCCACAACACAAUUUUCAGCACCUACAGUCAGUUACCAAAAUUCAGAAGAUGUUGAAAACCAGAUGAUUUUAGGCUCUGGGGGUGAAAUCAUUAAUGGCACUCCCCAUGGCGUUAUUGCAACCCCAACUGGUUAUUAUGAUCUGAAUAUGCACAAUGCUGCAGCUGCUGGCUUUGAACAUGCAUCUAAUCCACCUGGACGGGAAUCAGGUGAUGAACAGGAACAGGUUUCAACUGGCUUGAAAACUAAUGGUCUUCGGCGUUAUGCUCGUUGUGUGUGUAACAAAGUUAAGGAGAAAGGCAUAACUUCUUAUAGUGAAGUUGCUGAUGAGCUUGUGCAUGAAUAUGCUGCUGAACAUCCCAUGAUUCCGUCUGAACAACUUCAUUAUAUUCAAAAGAAUAUUCGUCGACGUGUCUAUGAUGCGUUGAAUGUUCUAAUGGCUUUGAAUGUGUUGCAGAAGGAGAAAAAAGAAAUACGUUGGGUAGGAUUGCCUGUAAACAUGAUCGAAGAAUGUCGGCGUUUGGAAGAAGAGCGUGAAAGGCGACAGAUUUCUUUGCGCAAUAAGACUGCCGAAAUACAAGAUCUCAUAAUGCAGUUAAUCGCUUUUAAAAACCUUCUAAAGCGCAAUAAAAUCAAUGAUCGCUAUAGACAUAAUCGUGUGUUGAUGGAGUCCCAUGUCGCCGGUGAAUUAGAGAGAAUUAUUCCCAGUGGAACUUCAAAGAUUCGCAAUGAAAAAAUUCCUUUGCCAUUUAUGGUGAUAUCUACACAUAGAAAAACGGUUAUUGAUUGCAACAUAUCUACUGAUAAACUGGAAUAUUUAUUCACUUUCGAUCAAGCCUACGAAAUACGUGAUGAAGUAGAUACAUUGAAACGCAUGGGUCUGAUGCUUCGUCUUGGUACUAUUCAUUGUACACAAGAAGAAUAUAAUCAAUGCUUAGAGUUAGUUCCACCAUCGUUGCGAUUUUAUGUGGAAGCGAUUUACGAGCGACGUCAAGCUAUUGUUCCAGAUUUUGAAGCUCUCCAUCAACAGAGAAGGUUAUUUGUAGAGGCCAGAUUAGCUGCAGCAGCUGCAGCGGGGCAGGCAGAUGAAAGUGGUCCUAUGGGAUCUGCUCACGGAGGAUCGGGUAGUGUACACCAGCAACUUGACCACUCAGGUUUGGGUCAUUCUAUGCGAAAUAGUCAACAAUCACCACUGAAUAACAGUACGCAUUAUACGAACCUAUUUGAUACGGGAAACCCUACUGUAAAUGACGGGAGUUUGAGACAACUUUAUCUAAACAGAAGUUCAGAUGAUGAAGAUAGUCGUAUUACUGGAUCUGUUUCCAAUAGUGGUUUUGUACCAGGUGAUACUCAACAUUAUGCUCGCGCAGCUGCAUCACGUGGUUACGUUGUUCCUGGUGGUCCUGGUGGACUUUUACGCCAUCGGCAACAUACUCCAUCUUCAGUUGCUAGUAUUUUAAAUCGUCAGUUCGAUAAUGACAGAGUUUCUCGCAUGGGCUCAUCCUCUUUGGUUCGAACUCUAAUUAGUGAUACCGUGAUAUACCUGCUUCUGUAAUUGGUGUCAACAGCGGCCAUCCGAUGGCUCAUAGUGACGACACGAAUGAUGACUUAGUGGAUCCUGACGAGAUUAUUGAGGAUCAUGGGGAUGAUGAAGACGAAGAUGACGAUGAUGAUGAUGAUAUGGAGGAUGUUUGAAUUUUAAUUCUUGGAGUUCCGGGUUUAUUUUCCGCAUUACUUACUUGCUUUGUCAAACUUUCAUCUAUAUUUAAUUUUGUACGUCAGAUUUAUUCUCAUUCACAAUUGAGUAAACCUUAUAUCAAGAUUUUCGUUUAAAACUUGGUGUAUGACUGUACUUUAAUUUUUUAUCUUGAAUAUUUAUUGAUUGAACUGUUUGUGUAUUUAGUAUACUGAUUCACUUGAUGGAUUCUACAAUUUAUGCUUAAAUAUACAUAAUCAUAUUGUCGUUGAUAUACCUUGCUAUUUCCUAUUUUCCUCAGUUUGAUGUUCACUUCCCUAUCAAUUAAUAAUAAUAAACCUUUUGUAUAGUAUAUUGUUUUAAUUGUGAAUUGAUCUCCAUAAAGUUCUAUCUACUAUGUAAUUAAGUUCAUUUGGAAUG